UGGUGCGGUGGGAGGGAGGGUGGGAGGUCCGUGGUGGGCUUAGAGGCUGCGGUGAUGCUCCGUGUUCGUGCGCUCUGAUGAGCAACCAGAGGCCGAAGGAGAUAGCUUGGACCCCCGGUGUGCGUGCAGCGCAGAGGGAUCGGAUCAGAUGCUCCUCCGUCCCUCUGGAGGUGAUGUCAGGCAAGGGCUGCAGGAUGAAUCACCGCUGAGGGAGCCAGCUGUGUGCGUGCGAAGGAGGAGCGAGCGAGCGAGCGGCCGAGCGGGGAGUGCGCGUCGCUCUCCGCAGUGUCCGUGAGCGGGCAAAAUGUGAACGCCGCCAUAAAGAGUCAGCAAACAUGAGGCUCCCGUAGUCAUGUCAUCAUAAGUCUGCGUAAAGGAAUCCUCUUCCACCAAACAAUGAGGGCCGAUUCUCCUUGACCUGGCCUAAAACGACUCGGGAGCCGGGAGCCUCUCAAACGUAGAGGGCGAAGACCGAGAAAGUUGGUGCGGCCCACGCGGCGUGGAAUGGCCAGCCCGCCGAAACUCACCGGAGAGACGCUGAUCGUCCACCACAUCCCGCUCGUUCACUGCCAGGUGCCAGCCGUCCGCGCGCAGGGCAUCAUGGGAAAGCGUGCCGCCCCCUUCAGCCUCACGUCAGACUUGGGCAGCCAGGGGUCCGUGUCUCUAUCGGGCAGCAGAACCAUCAACAGCAGCAGCAACAGCAGCAGCAACAACAGCAACAACAGCAAUAGCAGCAGCAACAACAGCACGAACAACGGCGACGGCGGACACGUGCGGGGGCGGGAGAAGGCCGGGCUGUCCUCUCCGUGCUCUACUGCCGUCGCCUCGCUGCCCGACGGAACGGCCCAGGUCCAGGACUCGGACUCCCCGAGGCUCUCGGGACCCUGCGGCACCGUCGUCCAGAACGACCCUCGGCGCAUGCAGCAGUCCUCCUUCCACCUCCACAACAACAAAAACCGGUGCAUGACGCGGUGGAGGUCGCUGAGCUCGCAGCUCGAGGGAGGGUGCGGCGUGACGAUCGCCGCCGACGGCCAGGUGACGAACACGAGCAGCAGGGCGAGGUCGCAGGUCACGGGCAAUGGCCGGGCGGGAAAUCGCUUCAACAGAGCCUCGUCGUGCCCAGACGGCCACAACGGCAACAACGUGAGGUUCAAGCGGCUGUCGCUGCAGUGCCAGGGGAAGGGCCUGUCCAUCGUGAGAGACAUCGACAACGCCGACGUGGGAGGCUACCGCAGCAGGAGCAGCUUGACCAACGAGUUGCUGAGGGAGGCGGAGGAGAUGCUCGACAACUGUAACGAGAGCGGAGCGGAGGACAACGCGCCCGUCGAGGGCUUUGAGAUCGGUGGUGGCGGCACGCACCGCGAUCCGGCAGAGCGCGGCUCCCGAUCGGCGCGCGCGCACGACAACGACGACGACGGGGGGUGCGACGGCGACUACGGUGGCGACGACGCGGAUUGCGAGCGAAAUGGCUACGCCAGCCUGGGCGACGCCAACUACGAGUACUGCGAGAACGACGGGCCGCACGGCGGGGGCUGCGGCGGCUGCGGCGAGUACGAGUGCAGCAUGUGCAGCACGCGCAUCAGCGACGGCAGCGCGCGCACCGAGCUGAGCGACUUCGGCGGGGACGCGCCGGGCGGCCGCCGCGACGUCGACAAGGGGAGCGACGGGGACGUGGGCCGGGCCCCCACGGGCUCCUCCUCCUCCAUGCAGUGGAGCCCCCUGGAGAGCGAGUCCUUCUACCUGGACCUGCACAGCUCUCCCUGCGGCUCCCAGCGCACCGGCGGCGGCGGCGGCGGCAGCAGCAGCAGCAGCCCCUCGGAGCCGUUCACCGUGCGCGUCGACCGCGAGCUCCGCUCGGCGUCGGCGCUCGACUACGACGCGGACGCCGACGGCAACCUGUGCGGCACGGGCGACCGCGCCGCCGCCGCCGCGCCCGGUGGACUCGGCGCAGGCGGGGGGGGAGGCGCCGGGCGCGCCGUCGAGGAAUCGGCCGCCGACGAUGACGACGGCCUCGGCGUCGGCCGCGCGAGCGCAGCGGCCGGAGGGCGCGAUUCGCCUCUGCCGGGGGCGAGCGGGUCGCGGGGAGAGGCGCGCCUGGUGCAGGCCAUGCAGAACUACUACCGGCUGGUCACGGUGGACCUGUCCACGCAGUCGACGCCGUCGCACACGGCCGUGUGCUCGUCGGCCGAAAGCAGCGCCUCGUCCGAGGGGCCCGGCGGCGCCGCCUUCGGCCCGGCCGAAGCGUCCACGGAGUACUACUUGUUCGACAGGCCACGUGCCGGCGGAGAGGGGGCGACUCCCGUGGACGAGGCGGGCGGCCGCCGCUCCUGCACGUCGCCUGCCCUCGCGAGAGGACGAUUCGGGGAUGCCGAGAGAGAUGGUGGCGAGAGCCAGGUGGCGACGCAGCAGCAGCGGCCUGAGGAGGAAGCGUCCGGCCAGCGAGUUGGCGUGGAGGCAAGCGGCAAAGUCGCGGAGCGCGAGGUGCCGGCGAUCGAUGAGAAUUCGGUGUUGGAUUCGAUGGAUUUUGCGAGCUGGGCCGAGAGGUUCAAGACGCACCCACAUGAGAGGGACGACAGCCUGGGCGAAGGUUUGAGAUGUCGGGAGUCUCCGAAAGAUUCCUCCCUUAAGACGCCGACGAGGGACGAUGAAAGUCAAAUGUUAGAGUUGACCACCUGGUCUUUCCGAAGCAAGACCUCCAUCGAGAGUAGGCAGGAGUCCCUGACCGACAGUCCGCAGUCUUCCAACGGUGCUUACAGAGAGGGCGAGAAGGACGAAGACAUGCUGAGGGGUUUUGACAUCCGGCCUUACAAACACGUCUGCGGGCUCAACACGUGCCACAGCUUCCCACGGCACAUCACGCCCUCGCUGAGGCAGCGCUCAAAGAGCUACGACCAGAGCCUGGGCCGCAAGCCGCUGCAGGGCAUCGUCUCCUUCAACCGCCUGCUCAGCUGCCCCAGCGAGCUGAGCCAGGGCCCCGCGUCGCAGCAAGCCACGCCGCAGAAGCGUGUCACCUCUUUCGCCAAGAUCGCUCAGAGCCGCAAGAAGGGAGGCGGCCCGUCGCCGCCUCCGCCGCCGCCGCCACAGUGCCGGCACAGCGACCUGGCGUCGAUGCAGAUCACGCCGAUCGACGAGCGCUCGAGCCUCGGGAACGGACCCUACGAUUCGGCCGGAAGUGCAUGCCGUGUCACCGACGAAGCGGCAGGCGGUGCCCUCGACGGCUCCCCCAGUGUCGGCCGAUCCCUGUCCCGGAGGUCGAACCCCUUCCAGAGCGAGCCGAAUCUCCCGCAGAGCAGCGGCGGCGGCAAAGUCCCCUCCUCCGCGAGCUUCACGCUGAACGGCAGAGCCGUCCCCGAGUACCUCCAGACGUGGAGCCCCUCGCCCCCCUACGCGUGUCCCGCGGACGACACGACGGGCAGCGGCGGCGAGGAGGACGGUAGCGGCGGCAACGGCGGCGGCGGCGCUCUGCCCAAGGGAAGGAGAGAGGAGGCGGCGCGGGCGGGCGCGAGCGCCGGCACGCGGGGAGAGGUGUGCGGCGAAUGUGCCGACGGCCAGAGAAGAGACGCGGAUGUGAUGGGCGCUUCUGGCGGUGGGCGUUCGUGGGCAUUACGGGAAGGUCACGCGACUGCAGGCUUGGGCACAAAUCCGGGUGCAAAAACAACGACACCAGCGCAAUACGGCAAAGAGCAUAGGCCCACGACGCUGCCAAUCCAGCCCUUCAUCCUGCACCACCACCUGAGCCGACAGCUUGCUGCCCGUCCCUUCCGGCCCGCCCGCGGCGCUCCGCAGCAGCCGAGCGCCGCUCUCCCGCUCGCUCACGGGCAGCCGCAGCCGCCAGCGUCGGACCCCGCGGGGAGCGGCGGCCCCCCUCCCCCAGCGAGCGCCGCCCAUGGCCGGUCGGCGCCCCUGGGCCACCCCGGCGGUCAGCUUCCGCUGCAGAUCUCUCGCCCGACCCUAACGGGCACCCGCCUGGCCGCCUUGGGGUCCUCGCAGUCGCUGGGCGGCUCGCAGGGCUCGCGGGACGUCGCGCUGCAGCAGUCGCUGGGGGAGGACGGAGGCGACGGCGCGGCGAGGCUAGCGCAGCGGGCGGCCGACGCCAGGGACAGCGGCAGCGACAGCGACCAGUGGAACUCGGACGGAGGCGCGGCGCUAGCGGUGGUUUCGGCGGGGACGGCACGGCAGAGCCUGGUGUGCGAGUGCCGCUCGCGGAGGCGCUGGCGCCCGCCCCCCGGCGCUAUCCGCCCCUCGCCGCUCGGCAGCCUGUCGCCCAUUCGGGCCGACCUCCUGCUCCUGGCGUCGGCUUCCCCGACCCGGGCCACCGCUGCCGCGGGCGCCGGCGGCGCGCUGCUGCCGCCGCAGCCGCCGCCGCCGCCGCGCAGCUCGUCGUACCCGCCCACCAUCGCGACGUACUCGUGCGGCCUGGCCCUCGCCGGCGACAGUAGCGCGGAGCAGUCGCCCGCCGGCUCGAGCGUGCCGGGGAGGUGCUCGUCUUCGAAGUUGGGCGGAUUCCUGGGCAACACGGUUGCAGCGCCGGCCGCGUCUUGCGCGUCGCCGAAGAAGGCCGGUGGCUCAGGCGGAGGGGUUUUUGGGGGGGAGACGUGGCGGCCGCAGCCGCUGAAGCGAUCGCCGAGGUUCACGUCCUUGCAGGCGAACUCCAGUGCGCUCGGGCCUCCUCAGGGUCACUCGCAACGAGCUGCCGCCACCACCUCCACUGCCAGGCACCUGGCGGAGACGCGGUGGGGUGGCUCGGAGGCGCCGAGGCCGCUCAGGGAUGGUCCAGCUGCUGAGAGGGUAGGAGACGGUGGAAGAUUUCACAGCAGCUGCGCCACCUCAAGAGCCAGCCAAGGGACGCUGAUACAGCCCGCCUCCGACCUGGAAGUGCUGUGGCACGGGCGGCGGGGCUGCCGCUCCUCGAGCUCGCCGGCUGUGCGCUGCGGCUCGUUCCCUCACCGCGCGAGCAGCUCGUGGGCCUCCCGAACGCGCGCGCACACCCAGGGUCCGUCUGCGAGGCCGCUGCAGGCCUACUACAGCGACUUCUGCCCUGACUACUUCUCGAUGGCGGAGCGGCCACCGCACGAGUUUUGCCUGAGUCCCGACGACUCCGACUCGUCCACAUCCAUCGAUCUGCUGGAGAAGAGAGCGCUCGUGCAGACGGUGAAUUCUGCAAUUGACCUGAUUGUGGCUCAUUUUGGAACCACUCGAGACCCAGGGGUGAAGGCUAAGCUCGGUGACAGCGCGGUGAGUCCCAACGUGGGCCACCUGGUACUCAAAUACCUGUGUCCAGCGCUGAGCAACGUACUCAAGGAUGGACUGAGGCCUCACCUCCUGGACCUCAUCGUCGGCCGACGAAGAAACACCCCCUGGAGCGUCGUGGAGUCUUCCACGCAGCUCGGUCCCUCAACCAAGAGACUGCAUGGCCUAUACCAGCACCUGUGUCAGCUGACGGAGCUGAGCAGCCAGAGCAUGCGCUUCAACGCCUUCAUCCUCGGCCUGCUCAACAUGAAGUCCCUGGAUUUCUGGAUUAGCUACCUGCACAAUCACGAAGGUAUACUAACCACGCACUACCUGCCCGAAGGCUUCCUCGCGAUGCCGAGCGGCGCGUGCGCCCCGCUCGUCGACGAGCUCGUGCUGCUGCUGCAGCCGCUGGCGCUGCUCCCGUUCCGGCUGGACGAGCGCUUCGAGUUCGCGUCAGGGGAGCAGCAGCGCGAGCAGAUCCGGCAGCACGAGCGACUACGCAGCCAGUUCGAGAGUCUCCAGCGCUCGGUGCACUCCACCUUCCAGUUUAUGCGCCACUGGAGCAACCCCACUGCCGCUGGCGCCGCCGACGCGACCGACGCCGCCGCCGCCGUCGACGCCGCCGCCGCCGCCGCCGCCGUGCCUGGCGAAGGGGUCGUAGGUCGCACGAUGAACGAGCUGGCGGCGGACGCAGGGGUGCGGGGGUCGUACGUGUCGCCCGAUGGAGGGGAGGAUCGCGUGGCCGCCAUCGGCCUGUCGGAUCGUAGCGAGAAGGACCUUGAAGGUUUCGACCCCAACCAGGAGCAGUCGUUGUACAGCUCGUGCCAGGAGCUGAGGGACGACGUGGUGGAAGGUGACGUGGGAAGGGAGAAACGCUCGGCUGUCGCCGAACAGCGCACGUUGCCCAACGUUUCCGCAUUACGGGAUGACGCUGAGAUCGAUAAGGCGCCCAAUCAGAUGGUGACGUGCGCCGAGUGCAAACAUUCCGCUUCCGGCGUGCAGAGCCAGGAGGCGGAGAAGCCUCAGGAAGGCGGCGAAAGUAGAGCCGAGCAUUCUUUGGUGCAGAAAGAAGAGGAACACGCCAGCGCUUGCGGUCCUGCUGCCGUGAGCAACAAACAGCCGACGUCGAGCCAGUGGCAGUCAAGGAACGUAGACUGGUGGCAACAGCUCAAGGAGAGCUCUCAGAUAUAUCUGACUGCAGAACGAGAGGGUGGGGGGCCGAAGUUUUCCAGGUGGAACAGGCCUCACUCGUUCACGUACGUGAAAGCGGGCGAGCUGCCAGAAAAGCAAAUUUCGAAAAGCGCAGAGCCGCACAAAGGGCAUUCGCCCGACGGGAGGAAUUUUGCGCAGGGCGGCAAGGAAACGCUUCCCACGCCGGACGCCUUCAGGGUGUCCAGAGAGCCCACUCGCAAAAGUGGCGGGCAGGAUUAUUUGAAGAAGACGCCGCCUUCCGACCCGGUAGCUGGGGAGAAGAAACGAGGGUGGCUGGGAAGCCCCCCAGACUCGGAUGACCUUGACAAGCCACUUGAGGGGGGCCAGGCAGUGGAGAGGCGCAGAGGCGAUGUGGAAGCUCCGCAGCCGCCGGCCGUCCUGUGGCUGGGUCGUCUCUUCGGCGCGAGCCCUCACAGGCAGCAGCAGCAGAAGAAGAAUGCGAAGGAUGUGCAGACGCUGAGGUCACCCCAGAUCAACAGGCUGCCCUCCAGCUGGCUCGGCCUGGACAUGUCGACGUUCGGCCUCGUUCCCAGCCUGCCGGUCGCCACGGAGACCAACCAAGCAACCCUGAGCCCCGACAACGGCGGUUCUGUCUCCGCUGGGGCGACCACAGGCGCCCAAUCGCUCGCCGCUCGACCCGCUCACGAGACGUCGCCACGGGAACGAGGCUCCACUGAUAGCCGUGUGGACAGAGUGAGGGAGGUGACGGCGCUCUGCCACCACGCGGCGGCCGAUCGCGGGCAGCCGAGCGUCCGCCGGGGCGACGUCCCGCAGGCGACGGGCGCGGUCGUCCCCGGGCGGGUCCUGCGCCACGCGCAGGGCGGGCAGACGGGGCCGGCGCCCGGCGCCGCCGGCUUCGUCUCAACGAUGGAGGACAGCGAGCGCUAGCACCGCGGGUCCUCCCGGGGGUCGCGACGUGACCCGGGGUUGGGGGGGUGGUCAUCGUUGCAGCGCUCGACUGGCCCUGUCGUGGUAUUGGUAACGAUUUCGAUUUUGCCGACUUUUUUCUGUCGUCGUGUAUGGACGGCAAGUCGCGGAUUUUAGGUUCGUACACUGAAAGUAUCGCUGCUGAGGUAGGUUUAAGCGUGGCCGUGCGUUUUUGUACGUAGAGGGUUAGAGUUGCAUUUUAAGUGAUCCCGGCAAGGGAUGUCCGCUUGUACAACACACGCCGACGUUUAAAACAUUUAGAUUUUCAUUUGCGGAUUGAAGCACUAUUGCCGUUUGACUAAAUGCCAAAUAUGAUAACCAAUUAAUACACCGUUGUGUUUGAACCCACGUAACAAGGACUUCUUGAUUAAAUGCUUUCAUUGCCAGGAGUCUCACUCAAACGGAACUCAUCUUCUGGUGUCAGGAUAUGCAUGUUAGGCAAUGUAAUUUGUCUAAAAUGACUCCAGAUAGUAACGAUAGUACGACAAAAAUAACUGUAACGUCUCAUUAAAUGCUCUCCUCCGGGCGCACUGUUAGACCCAGGUCGUGUUGCGGUGCCGCUCGCAAUGGGACGGGUUCCGGCGCGCGAUAAAUCGAUGGGCAGAGCCCAGAAUUUGUUUGUUCACCUUACCACAGGGGCCGUUUUGCAGAACGGAACUGCGGCUUUCUUGCGAUGGCGAGAAAAGAGGGUGACGAACGCUUGCCGGAGCAGGGCUACGAUCCUUGAAAGGUUCGUCGAUGAGCACUGAAUCAAAGUGUUGAGUACUUUUUUUCGCUUAAACAUAGGCACAUCCUAUUGUACACGGUAUAAUAAUAAUCCUUUAGCCGCUCCCCUGCCUGAGGUGUAGACCAACGUUGCUUUGCUGUGCAAGUAAGGCCGCAUGCAGUCUGCGGAACGGACGACACAAACUGUCGUGUACCCUGUAUUCUGUACCACGUGCCCUGUCUCAUGGCUUAGCAGCAUGCCUUGGUGUGGCCUGUCCAUUCCCCGGCAGUACCCUCUGAAUCCCAGGAAUCUAAAGGGACCGUCCGAUGGGAAUUUGAUUGUAUUUGUUAAUUUUCGUGUAAUAUUUAUUCUCCGCAAUGUUAUCCCGAUCGUGCCAUUGCGUCCGUCACGAGACCAAUGCAUUCUCUCGGGAUCUCUCGCAGACGAAGCGCAACCCUUCCUGUUGCAGAAUGGCCCCGCGUAGGUGGGUAUUGCAGAGCUACAUCCGAGAUCCUUUCACGUGACCGCACAUUAAAAGAGGGCGGGCACUUUGAUGGGAUGUUGUUGAAGCUGCCUUCCCUCUGGAGUUCGACGUUAAGGAUGCAUAAAAUGCUACCGACCUUCCCUCGCGUGUGCCACCUUGUGGCUCGAGUCUAAUCGUGCAUCGGUUGUCCCGCAGUUUAUUCAACUCCAGUAUACGUAACGUGUAAACGGUAUUUAAAUUAUUGAAGGCAUCGGGGCCCCUGUAUAUUGUGAGAUAAUACAACGUAACGCGAUUAAGUAAGUGCUGCGUGUUCGAGAGGAAAGUUUCAUUUUGAUGAGAUUGAAUAAAUUGGGCGCACUGAUUGUAGUAACACUAUUUUAAAUUUAGUCGUGCAAUUGAAGGAGGGAGAGACGAUCCAGUUGUAUUUUACCUAACAUAUGAACCGAGCGCUGAUGAUUUUAACCCAUGACACAUUUCACAUUCAGAAUGCCAUGUCCGGAUUUUAAGAUGAGGCGGUACCGAUCCAUAAAUAUUACUUGCUACCACAUCAGCACUGCAGGGGUGUAUUUAGUUUACAACUGAUAAUAGAGAAAAAUAAUUUCAAAAUGCUGCUUACCAGUUGGGAAACGUAAGGCAGGAUUUCUAGUGAUGCUGUAGCAAUGUAUGAUAACCCACUAUUUUGUCCAUACAAUGCCUCAAUUUAAAGAAAUCUGUUGCUAUUUUGUUUUUGACAAAUUGAAUUGACCGUCCUUAAGCCUUAAAAUUAAUAAUGCUAUGACUACCGCUCUCAAGAUAUUAGCAUCAGAGUUACACGCCGUACACCAUGGCUAAGUACGUGUGCUUGCUUAGUAUACUGUCCAAGAUUCGUACACGGAUGUCUCACGAUCACAGUUUGAAAGAAAAAAAACCCCUUGUUUUUGUUGUUUACAAACAUCCUCGCCAUAACUUAUGUUACCGAAAAGGAACUCUUUUGACCAUGUGACCUUUUUAUUGUUGUUGUAACCACGUGAAACACCGUGUAAACUCCUGGCCCUCUUGGCGGUGCUGUGGCGAUUCGUCGCAAUUGAGAUUCGUCAGCACUUUGCACGCCCAUGCUGGCCCGGCCGUUGUAUAUCUUUGGCUUUGGAAAUUAAUUCGUAUUUAAUUGUGCGUCUCGUUCAGUCCGUAGCUGGCUCAUGUACAGUAUAGAUUCAUUAAUAAAUUGUAACUUAUUGACUAUGGUUGUGUGCAAUGUAAAAGAUAAUACCCAUUACAAUAAAGCACAUCAUUAAAGUAG